CUGACGUGUGUUUCAGAGUUGCACAACCGGCAAAAGGGGCACAGCAGGGAAGGAGACCGAAGCGCUUUUCAGCGACAAAAUGAUGUCCAUUGCCGCUCGUUCGGGGGCUUUUUCCCCAUACUUGCAGGCUACGAAUUUCGCAGUGGCUGGGCCACUCAAACCCCUCGUAGCUGGAGUUGUCAUAAAAAGCGAAAAGGUGCUGUUAGAUGCGAAACAGCCAUUUCUCACCCGCGAGUCCUUAAGUGGAAAGAGUCCUACCACUGGGCCUGCUCUCUCCGCUAGCAUUACUGCCCGUGCCGGAAUCCGCUAUGCCCACACAGACAUCAAGAUCCCGGACUUCUCAGAUUACCGCCGACCCGACGUGCUGGAUCCCCACAAGUCCUCGCAGGAAAGCAGCGAACAGCGCCGCGUUUUCUCCUACGUCCUGACCGGCGCCACCACCGUGGUGGGUAUCUACACCGCUAAGACCGUCGUCUCCCAGUUCGUGUCCUCCAUGAGUGCCUCGGCCGACGUCCUGGCCAUGUCCAAGAUCGAGAUCAAGCUGGGAGACAUCCCAGAGGGCAAGAACAUGACCUUCAAGUGGAGAGGCAAGCCGCUGUUCGUCCGCCACCGCACGGAAAAGGAGACCGCCGCCGAGGCUGCCGUGGACCUGGCCGAGCUGCGAGACCCCCAGCACGACAAGGACCGCGUCAAGAACCCCCAGUGGGUCAUCGUCCUGGGCGUGUGCACCCACCUGGGCUGCGUGCCCAUCGCCAACGCUGGGGACUUUGGGGGCUACUACUGCCCCUGCCACGGGUCCCACUACGACGCGUCAGGGCGCAUCAGGAAGGGCCCGGCCCCCCUCAACUUGGAGGUGCCCUACUACGAGUUCCCAGAUGACGACACCGUCAUAGUCGGAUAAUGUGUUGGACUGUGUUGCGGCGGGGUAUGUGUGGGAGGGGAGUGUGUGUGUGUGUGUCUGAUCCACCUUGCUUGUUAUUCUCUUGUCUGUUCCAGUAACCAUCACACAGAUACUGUCAGGGAAUGGGAGUGGGUGGCUGAACCAGUUGUAAGUAAUAAAUGUACAUUUUACCCAUAUGAAUGCCUGAUUUAAGUUAUUCACUGAAUCUCACAUCAUUGUUUUUCAGUUACUAUAAUACACACAAUAUGACUUGCAGAGCUUUUUUCUUUGACAUCUGUAAUCUGUAAGGUGGUGGACGAUUUUUAUUUUUAUUUAUGUAGAGGGAGAAACCGAAAGUUGUCUGGAAGUAUUGAUCCAGACUUAAAAAGUUUGUGUCAGAGUACUUGGCUGAUGGUAAGUAGGGGAAAUGGAACAUCUGGAGUUGAAUAGUGCCCUACUAUGUUGUUCUUUAAAAUUAGAAUACGUUAAGAUGCCAAGAGUGUAAUGGCAUGUUUUUUUUCCUUAGUGUAUUGAUAGAUUGGGAAAACAGCUCUUUUAACUGUUGAAACGCCAAAUGAGCCAGUGGGUAUGUGGGUGUAUGUGUGUUGAGGAAUCCUCAUCUUCAAAAACAAUUGUAAAACCAGAUUUAUUUUUUCUACUCAAAUGUUGCCUAUACACAUUUUGAGCUGUGUAAAACAUGUAAAUCCAAUAAAAGUAACCAAGGCAAAUGCA